GUUGUGGCACCUCCCCCACUUGCUGUUGCCAUCACAAGCCCUAGGAGCAUCUUCUCGUCAUUCAUCCUCCUCUUAGGCAACUUUAAUCACACCACUCCUUCUUCCCCUAGUACGGAGUUGGACCUUGUCUACACAAAUGACUCUGCGCAUCACGGCCUGACUCUGCGAGCAGCGCCACCCAACUCACUACGUUGCUUGAGUUCUUAAGUUCAGACUUACUAUCUUGGCCAUCGCGUCCUCGAGUACCGCGUGACAGCCCCACGAUGCGGCCUCCGCGGAUUGCUAUCCUCGUCCUCUUUUCUGCCGCAUCCCUCUUUCUCGUUUGCCGAUCGAUCGGAUCUGCUCGGCGCACGGGUCCCGGAACGUCGUCGCUAUCGCAGAAGUCAUCAUUCCGGGCGUUAUUCUCGUUUUCCUCGCCCUUCUCACUCUUCCCGCCAAGCGCCGCCAUCAGCCUCACCGAUGACAACAGUACCUUCUUUCCUGCCAGACCGGCGGCAUUCGGUCCUCCUUUGCCUGCGAAGGGGUUGAGCGGACAACUUUGGAUAGGGAGUGGCUUCUCGGAUGAGACCUUGCAAGAGGGUGAAGGAGAGGGCGAGCUCGGUUGCAGCGAUAUUCCGGGAUGGGAAGAUGGGAGGUUGAAAUCGGCCAUCAAAGCAGCAGCACAAGGGUCGGCCAGCAGGAACGCCAUUCCGCUUGUUGAAGCCGCAAAAACGCCGGGGAUGAGCGACCCAGCGGACAACAUGUUGGUUGGCUGGGACGCGGUUUCGAGGAAACGACCUCGUGCCCAACCGAAAACCCCGGACGAUGGAACAGACGACUAUCUUCACCAAGCCCUUCAGCAAGCGAGGAGCCCUUACAGCAAUGAACCAACAGGCUCGGGGAUGGACCACGCCGAUAUUCAGUGGCUGCAAGAAUCGGCAGAAAUCACCGGCAAGAUAGCCUUACUGAGCCGAGGGGGCUGUGGCUUUCUCGAGAAGGUCAAGUGGGCACAGCGUCGAGGCGCCAUCGCUCUCAUUGUUGGAGACAACCAAAAAGGGGGACCUUUAAUUCAGAUGUUUGCGCGGGGCAACGUGGAUAAUGUUACGAUUCCCUCAGUCUUCACAUCGUGGACGACCGCGCACUUGCUGUCUUCGCUGAUGCAACCGGGUAGUGCCAUUGAGGAUGUUCUUCGGGGGAAGGGAAAUGCGCAACUAAAAGUCCGUCAUUCCAGCAGGGGUGGGACGAGCAACAAUGCGAGGAUGCCGCCGUCCUCUCCAGGGGACACGACAACGCCUGGCUCGUUACAGAGAUCUGAGAGAUCAACUGUGGCAAGGAGAGGAUGGAUAUCCCGACUUUUUCGUUUGGGUGAUACCCAGCAUGUUUCUACCGACACGAGUCGGCCACCAACAAGCGGCAGGCUUGACUGGGUCCCGGUCGAUGCCUUGGAUGACGAGAAUAACAAGCUCUUCAAGCCCAGCCUUGACAAGGCGACAAAGGACAGCACGAAAGGCCCUCGCGAGUCUUCCGAGGACGGUUUUGAAAUUGGGGUACAAGAUUGGCGUGAUCCGGACUACGCAAGAACGGCUGCGCAGAACGAUGACGUUCUCAGGCGCGCUGGCGAGGCUGAGAACACUCCCCUUGCCGACAUCAAUGGACCCAAAGGUGGAAGUAUUACUCCGAGCAGCGGUGAAUAUGUGUCGGAAUCAGUGGGAAAGUCUAUUUCCUCAGGGCCCAGAAAGUUGAAAUCAUCUUCAGGCUCGCGGGGCGGACUGCUGUCGAGAAUCUUCGGCAGCGACGACGAAGCAAAUGAGAACACAGACCACGCGGCCGACGAGACCGGCGGUAGUUCAGCCACGACACCAGCUCCGGCUCCUACAGCUCCUGCCGGUGACGAUGCUCAUGAGGGCCUCUGGGUCACUAUCACACCGACUGGCAGCGCCAGUCCUUUCUUUGACACCCUCUUGGUCCUCGUAAUCAGCCCUCUCAUAACCUUAACAGUUGUGUAUGCCCUCCUUAUCUUACGGGUAAAGAUCAGGAUGCGGAGAUGGAGGGCUCCGAAGUCGGUCGUCGAUCGUCUUCCGGUACGAACGUAUCAUACAAUCGCCCCUUCUCCAGUCCCGUCACCGGGAAGCCCAUCCUCGAAAACACCCUCUCCAAGGAGUUCAUCGCCCACAACACCAUUAUUGCAAAGCUCCUCAGAAUCUCAACCGCAGUCUCACGCCGUUACCGGCACUUCUGAUUCGGGCGAAGCUGUCAGCGCACAUUCGUCGUCGCAAGCAAACCAGGCGCCUUCCCGUGGGAAGAACUCGCGUGGUGUUUCUAGCGAAUGGAGGAAGUACAUGGGAAGACAAGUGGAGUGUGUCGUCUGCUUGGAGGAGUAUAUCGACGGUGUCAGCAGGGUCAUGAGCCUCCCUUGCGGACAUGAGUUCCACGCUGAGUGCAUAACACCUUGGCUCACCACCAGACGUCGCACAUGCCCUAUCUGCAAAAACGAUGUUGUUCGCUCAUUAGCCCGUGGUACUUCCUCUGGCCCGCAGUAUGAGCCCUUCCGCGAGGACGACUACGAGAGCAGCAGUGGCGAAUCUUCCGACAGUUAUCAGGAGAGGGUCCCUUCUCCAAACGGACUUGAAGACCUUGAGCGCGGCCCUUCCUGGAAUCAAUCACCCAGACAAGAUUGGCACGCAAAUCGCAACGAUGUGUGGUUCAGCGCUCUAGCGAGCCGUUUUGGGGGAAGCUCAUCCUUUUCAACGAGGCGGGACGGCUCUGGAGCUGACGGUGGUCGGUAAUUGGUGUUCUGCGGAUUGGAACACUCCGCUAUGGGAUAUGAGAACAUCCUGGCUGAAGCGUUGACAGUGGUUAGCGUACAGGAUGGCGUUUUAGCUCAUCUGUAUUACUCUUUUGGCGGCUGGAUGGAAGGUACUGGCGUUUUAGUGCAUCGUUUCAAGGCACCGGGACAUAUUGGUUGGUGGGUAUGGGACUGACGCUCGUUUGCUAUUUUAUUUUGUUUUUAAGUCAUGAUACCUUGUCCUAUUACUUCUGACGACUCGAAAUAACUUGAUCGACUAAUGGAAACGGCGGGGGAAGGGGCUCGGGGUUACUUGCUAAGGGAAAGGUUUGGCUAUUUGCAAAUACCGUUCGGACUACGUACUCUACAUAGGUGUGAGGCUGCUUAAAUCAGAAUUCCGAGUAUUAUCAGCUUAGGCCCCG